AUGACUGUAUUUCGCUGGGCGGACUUUCGCUGUGGUGAAUGCGACCAUGCCUUAAAGCUUUACAACACAGCCAAACCUGGUAGAGCACUGAUCAAACAAUUGACAUCAACAAUUGAUGAACAAUUUUACUUCCAUCGUCUGCUUAUCGCUAAAGAGUUCGGUGACCGCGCGGCAGAGAGGAGAGCCUACUGCAAUCUUGGAAACGCCUGCAUAUUCCUUGGAGAGUUUGAGAAGGCUACAGAACAUUACAGGAACGCUCUGCUGUUGGCGCGGCAGCUAAAGGAUUUGGCGGUGGAGGCUCAGGCCUGCUACAGUCUGGGUAACACAUACACAUUGCUGCAGGACUAUGAGAGAGCCAUCGACUACCAUCUCAAACAUCUCAUCAUCGCUCAGAAUCUCAAUGACAGGAUUGGUAAAGGCAGGGCCUGCUGGAGUUUUAAAAAUGCACAUACAGCACUAGGGAAUCAUGACCUGGCUAUGCACUUUGCUGAGAAGCAUUUGGAAAUCUCAAAAGAGGAAGGAGAUCGUAGCGGUGAGCUCCCUGCUCGCAUGAAUGUCUCAGACCUUCAGAUGGUGCUUGGCCUCAGUUAUAGCACAAACAAUUCUGUCCUUUCUGAGAACAAGGAGAUCAACUACAAACUGCACGGUGCCAGGCCCAGCAUGAGCCGGCGGCACAGUAUGGAGAAUCUGGAGCUGCUAAAACUUACACCAGACAAGAUCAAUGGCCAGAAGUGGACCAGUGACAUCCUCUUCAAGCCAUCCAAAUCCACACUGGCUAAAUCGUCCUCCAAAGUCUCCUUUGUCAAACGUUUCCGAGGCAAGAAACACAAACUGCAGAGCAGCUCCAGUAAAAUCCUCCAGGAUACCAGCAACAAACAAGAAACUCCUCAGAACAAACAUGGGAGUACAGACAUGUUAGGAGAUGAGGACUUUUUUGACCUGCUGAGUCGUUUCCAGAGCAACAGAAUGGAUGACCAGCGGUGUGCAGUACAGGAUGGGAGGAGCCAUCUGUCUGUCAAUUCUAACUCCUCCUCCCCAUCCACCACACCACCCAGAACCAUCAGGAAAUCAUUCUCAGAGUCUGCUGCGUCUCCGGGGCAGGAGCCGUUUUUCAGACUGUUGGCGAGUGCUCAGGGCAGGAGGCUGGACGAACAGAGGGCGGGAACAGGAAACAGUCUGCCCGGACUGCGCACCCUGUCUGAACACAGUAACACUAACAGCAGACACAUGAUUUUAAGUCAGGUCAUGGCCAGCAUGGACGCCACCGAGCCUGAUGACCAGUUCUUCGACAUGCUUGUCAAGUGUCAGGGGUCUCGUCUGGAUGAUCAGAGAUGUGCCCCUCCUCCUCCCUCCUCACGUGGACCCACCGUCCCGGAUGAAGACUUCUUCAGUCUCAUCAUACGCUCACAGGCCAAGAGGAUGGACGAGCAGAGAGUCACGCUGCCCACCUGCCACUAAACGUACACAUGGACCAUGAAUCAGAACUGUGUUCUGUCUGCUCAGUAAUGAUAAUGAACAAUUAUCCUUAAAUACCAUUUCAUGUACAGCAAUAAUGAGUGAUUCUAUGUUCUGUAAAUAACGCAUUUUAACUUUUUAAUCAGAUUUAAGCUCUUUGUACAUUUUGUGCUUUUUAAGGUUGUUUUAGUUUAGGAUGUAUUGCUUUGUUUUUAUGAUUAUUGCAAAGAAUUACACCAAGUCUUUUGUUACAAGUUGUUAUUUAACAUUUUUGCUAUCACUGUUUGCCCUUUAUUUAGUGCGAGAUGUGUAUUUAAGAGACAAAGAGCACUGUAUUUUUGUAAAAUAACAGAAUUAAGGUAGCAAGGAAGUGGUUAAACUAGAAAAGAAAUAUAACUACAAUAUGUCAAAAUACAACAAAAAUGAAUUUGACAUGACUAUAGAAAUAAAAACCUCUAUAGAAACAUUUAA